AUGAACACCUCUGAGUACCAAGACAACUCCUCCGUGCAUGGAUAUGAGGACUGUGGCAUCAAUCACAACAUGGUCGAUGUGGUGGUUCCGAGCCUCUACUUCCUGCUCUUCGUCCCGGGUCUGGUGCUGAACGUCACAGUGAUGUGGAUCCUGCUGCAGCUCAGAACCGAGUCCACUUUCUUAGUGUACCUGAAGAACCUGGUGGCAGCUGACCUGCUCAUGACGCUGACACUGCCCAUCAGAGCUGCCAGCAAGCUGCCCAGUGCAUCUCUGGGGCUUCGGGUGUUCACCUGCCGUUUCGCCAGCACCCUAUUCUACUUCUGCAUGGGCAUCAGCAUCGUGCUGAUGGGCCUCAUCAGCCUGGACCGCUUCUUCAAGGUCGUCCAGCCGUGUGGCCGCCUGCUCGGCCAGAACCUGCUUUUCGGCCGGACCAUCUCCAUCGCCACCUGGACAGUCAUGGGGGCGGUCGCCCUGCCAAACGUGAUCUUGACCAGCGAGACACCCUCAGGAAGCUCACACAACCACUGCAUAGACAUGAAGACCCAGGUGGGAAGGGAUUUCCAAAAGGCUGUGAUCUUGGUGCUGAACUGGCUGUUUUGGGUCAUGCUGGUUGUGAUCGGGUUCUGCUACACAUGCAUAGCCCGGGCGGUGGUCCAGUCGUACCACAGUUCUGGGAGCACGAACGAGGAAGUGAAACGCAAGAUCAAAAUGAAGGUGUUUCUUGUACUGGGGGUCUUCCUGGUCUGUUUCACCCCGUACUUCAUCGUACAGGUCCCUUACACGCAGAUGCAGGUGGAAAACAAGCACGAUUGCACUAGUGAAUCAAUGAAGGUGGCCAAGGACUUUACUCUCUGGCUCGCGGCCACUCAGAUCUGCCUGGACCCACUCAUCUAUUUCUUCCUGUGUAGAAGGUUCCGAGAACAGCUGUCCAACCUCCAAAUAGUCAGGAGGUUAACCACAUGA